AUGAGCGACACCACCAGCCCGCUGGAAACGCGGUCUAAUCACACCGAUUCCAGGUCGCCUUUGCAAUCUCAGCAUCCACCAAAACGGAGACGCACCAGCUCCCAUACUCAUGGAACCCAGGAAAGGGGACUCAUGAGAAAUGGAGGCGAAUCCGGACAACCUCGAUUCAUCGGCAGUGGUAGCGGCAUACACUUUAUCCGCACCGUGUAUGAUGUGCUAUCUCGCAGCGCGGCCGGGACGCGCAAGAUCAACAGGAAUCAGAUGAGGGGAGAUCUGGUUCCCGGAGAAGAUGAUCAGCUGGUUGAUUCAGCCUCGGAAAUUGUUGUCGCUACUCCUGGCACGAGAGCGAGCGCUCCAUUCUGGCGUGCAGAAGAAAUCAUUGACGAUACGGCACCCGGGGCGCCGUCUAUCAACUUUGAUAACUUGACCCGCUGGACACAAAGUUAUUUCGUGAAUUGGCACCCUGCAUUUCCAUUUCUCCAUGGACCAGAGGUUUUGGAGAUUUUUGAAAAGGCUGCUACAACGGGUAUUGCCAAUGUCACCGAGGCGGAAGCAACAAUCAUUCGCGCUCUUCUCUCCAUAUCACUGGCCGAUUCGCGCCAGAUAGCGCCCAAUACACAAGAAGCCAUUCCGUCCGGAUGGGUCUUCCUCAAUCAAGGGCAAAUUGCCUCGAGUCUGGUAUUUGCACUAGAGUGUCCGGCAACUCUGAAAAAUAUCCAAGCUGCUGUCUGCGUGCAACUAUUUCUCGUGUCAAUGCUGCGCUACAAUAUGGCAUCAAGGUUGGGAGGAAUCAUUGUUCGAAUGGCUUUUCAUCUAGGUCUUUACCGCUGCCCCGCUCGAUACUCGAAUUUUAGCCCUCAUGAAGCUGCCAUGCGAAAGAGGAUAUGGUGGUCAAUUUAUUGUCUUGAAAGGAUCAUAUGUCAAGCCUUUGGUCAUCCACUGGGUAUAAUUGACGACGACGUGGAUGUAUGUCUGCCAUCAGUGGAAAUCCAUGGUGAUGCUGCAGCAAGUGCCGUCUCCGAUGAAGGCUCAGAAGCUGAUCCCUUGCUUUUCUUGACUUUACAUGCUAAACAUGCACGACUACGAGGGCUCAUUUUGGAACUCCGUCACAAGUCUAUAGCUAUCCGCUAUGACACGAUGGAACGGGCCAUGUUGGUACAAUCUGAGCUAUUAAGAUGGGUCAAUGACGUUCAUGAGAGAACGGCAGAUCGUGUUGACAUUGAAAGUUCUGGAUUGCAACACAUCAUUUCGCCCAUAUCUCGCUCCCAGCGUACUUUGCUGUCCCUCAUGUACCAUGAGUCUGUGAUCACGCUCAAUCGGCCGCUUCUUGCUUCGGAAACAAAGAGCCCAGCUUCACAAGCCGCCUUUCAAGCAUGUGUCAGCGCUUCAAGGUCUAUUUUAGAUACUAUCAUCAUGAUGGGCCAGCACGAAGACGGAAACUCAUUUAACAAUAUCUGCGUUUGGCCUCUUCAAACCUGGUCAGUAUGGAUGAGUUCAUUCAUUUUGGCUUAUGCGGCCCUUCAAGGGGAGACGACGGUAUCUUCGGCCCACAAGUAUGCCAAGAAGGCGCUCUACAUUCUCAAGCAGCUCACUGCUAGAGGGACAUCUUGGCCAGAAUCAUGUGCCCACGGUGUGGAGUAUUUGGUCUCUGCACUGCAAGAAAACCAAGAAGGCUCAGGUCACCAAGUCACCAAUAAUACAUUGUUGUCCGCGAGACUGAAUGGACAACGACAGGGUUCGGCAUCAGCUGACCCAAGCAGCAAUACCCACGCACAAGAUGGCAACACCACACAAGACUCGAGAUCUGUGGGUCCUGACACAACCCUGAGAAAUUUCGCCUUUAACCCUGCCGGUCUUUCUCAAGUGUUCAUGACCGACGAUGUUCGAGCGCGGACACCAUUUGAAUCACAAUCAUGGAGGCAAAGUCUAGACCAGACGUUUGUACCCGACGGCGCUUCGUCCAUGGACACGUAUGGUCAAGAGUGGUUUGAUCCCAUGGGAGUUCUAGACUUUUCAAAUUUUACACAGUUUGGGAGCACGGAUACGCCUUUCGAGUUCAGCUUCUAUUGA